AAAUAUUCGUGUGAUUGAUUUGUUUAUAUUUUCUUAAUUUUACAAUAUAUAAACAUUAAAAGCAUUUAAACGGUAAUUAAAGUUAUGCAUAAAAGAGUCACAGUGUGGAGCAAUCAUGGAAGACCAAUAAUAACAGGAUUUCACCAUCCUCAUAAUCAAUUAGACACCUAUAUUCUGCAAUGUCUCGAUUUGGAUAAGAAACAUUUGUAGGCGAACCCAAAAGAAAAACACAAUUGUGUACAUAUUUCCAUUAUUGUACAACUCCAACCCAGUGCGAUUAAUGAUUAAAAAUGGUGGAAUGUUUACUCUGUUUGAAAACCACAAAAGAUGCAGUUGAGUCUGACUGCAUACUGGUCGAUUCGGCCCAAUGGGAAGACCUAGCUAUUAAAAAGUUAAUCGAUAAACAUCUAUGGCCUAUUGACACCAUUACUCCUCAAUCAUGCCUUUGUCCAACUUGCUGGCAAGAAUUAAAUGGAUUUCAUAAUUUUUAUACUCGCAUCGAGGAGGCCCACAAUGAUUAUAAAUCGCUUUUAAAAGCGGAAAUCGAUCCAUUGGAAGAAGAGAGUAAGCCAAAAGACUUGCUCUUGGAAAAUCUGCUCGAACCGGAAAUAGUAAUUGGACAAACACUGGAUGUUGCCAUAGUUAUAAAACAAGAAAAUGAGGAAACGGCAAUUAUUCCAAAAAUUGAUAGUGACAAUGAAAAAGAUCCCAAAUCACAAACCCAAUCAGAUGAUGAUAGAGAAUUCAUGGAUGAUUAUAGUGGUAACAGUGAUGAGAGUGAAGAAAGUGACAGCGAUGACGACUUGCCACUGAUACAUAGAACAAAAAAAUCUCCAGCGAAAGCUAAAUCUGAAGUAAGCCUUGAAUCCGAUGAUGGCAGUGUUGAUCCCGAUCCAUUGCAGCCACGUCGACGAGGACGCAAAAAAUCAUCGUCUGAGGUGAAAUCAAAUUCAGCGACUAGGAAAUCGUACUAUCAGCCCAAAACCAAUCGCUUAGAACAUGAUAAAUUUUUGCAACAACACUAUAAAAUAACAUGCAACAAAUGCCAUUUGCCCUUCGACACAUUCCCUCUGCUCUGUAAACAUUACAGUAAAGAGCACAAUGAACGCGGCUUUGUAACAUGUUGUGAAAUGAAAUUCUAUGAUCGUAGUUUACUAGUGGAUCACAUUAAUUUCCAUUUAAAUCCCGAGUAUUUUAAGUGCAAAGAAUGUGGUAAGGUUUUAACACAAAGACGUUGUUUGUGGGCCCACAUGAAACUGCACGAAGAGAAGAAAUUUUGUUGUGAUGUUUGCGAUAAGAAAUUUGUACAAAAAUCUAAAUUGGAGAGACAUAAACUGACACAUUUGCCGCAGCAGGAGAAAAAGUAUCCUUGCAGUGAGUGUGGUAAAUUCUUUGGCAAUGAAUAUGUUUUGACACAACAUCAUAGGGUGGUCCACUUAAACAUCUACGCCAAGGUGUGUGAGGUUUGUGGUCAAACUAUGCCCGAUUCGAAUUCUUUUAAGCGGCACAUGGAAAAGCAUGAGAACAUAAGUGAAACUAAAACAGCAACACCCACGGCAACGGUUAAGUGUGAUGAUUGUGGUCUAAUAUUGGCUGGACCACUUAAUUUAAAACGCCACAGAGAUUUACAGCAUCCGCCAGGUGGCAAACGGGAUUACACCUGUCAUAUAUGCUCGAAAGUAUCACCUAAUAUGAGAGCUUUGAAAAAACACAUACGCUGUACACACGAAAUGGGCUACGAUUUCAAGUGUACAAUGUGUGAGAAGGCAUUUAAACGAUCGGAUAAUUUAAAGGCGCACAUGAGUACCCAUACUGGCACACCGCUCUAUUCCUGUCCGUGGUGUCCGAAAACAUUCAACUCAAAUGGCAAUAUGCAUAAUCAUCGAAAAAAGGCUCAUCCCGCUGAAUGGGAAGAGGCGCGUCGUAAAAAGUAUUCUGGCAAUUUGCCGCCUAAUUUUAAGCCGCCAACUACAACUACGACGAACAACAAUUCCUCCCAUUACUUUCCAGUAACAGUAAACAUGAAUGGCAACUAGUUUUAAUGAUUUUAUAUUAAACAAAAAAUAAAUUAAGAAAAAACAAACAACAAAUACAAUUAUGUUAAUUGGUAUACAUAUAUAGAAAAA